AUGGAGAACAAAGUCGGGUACCCUAGGGACUAUCAGCGGGCUUUGAACAACGUCCUAAGUGAGAGGAGGCUUGAAGAACUGCUCAAGGGCUCUACGCCCGUAUUCCUUCUCGGACCACUCAUGCUCCCACGGAUGCUCAAGUCCGUGACGGAUGCUGAGCCCGAUUUUGACAUCGCAGCCAACAUGACCCAAGCGAGCUUACUCGACUAUAAGCUCUGGAUCUUCGAGGGAGCCGACCUCCCGAUAGUGAUGCCGUCAAAAGAGCUGGGCCAAAGCGUCGAUGGCGUCCUAGUUUUCGCUUUGACUUCCGAUCAACGCAACUGGUUAUACCAAUUCGAAGCUGAAAGCUACAAGGAGUUGGCCCAUGUGCAGGUGGAGAUUUGCUUACGCGAUGGGAACUUGCGGAACAUCGAUGCUGCUACCUUCGUAUGGAAGGGUGAAAUGGAUGGGAUCGUGGCGGCGUCGUCCAAGUCGUGGAAAGUGGAUGCCUUUUUGGAAAGUGAAUGGUAUAAAAACGCAGGACGAAGAUACCAUUCUCAUUAA